ACGUCAUCCAGGAAGCGGAAGCGACCAAAGUUUGUUUUGGCGUUUCGCUGAAAACAUCAGAACUUCAGCCGCUUAACUCGGUUUUUAUGAAACAAUAGUAGCAUUACUCGACUUUAUUAUAGUUUAAAGUGAACAGAAGCAGAGGGUGAUGGGGGGAGCAUCGAGCAAAUUAGCCAAAGAUCUUCUGUCAGAGUAUCAGGAGCUCACAUUCCUCACAAAGCAAGAGAUCCUACUGGCACACAAGAUAUUCUCUGAGCUCCAGGGCGGAGGAAGUGGACCGUACAGCUCCAGAGUGUCCAAGGACAAGAUCCUCACACUUCCUGAACUGAAGGCUAACCCCUUCAGGGAAAGGCUGUGCCAGGUCUUCUCGACCUCUGACCCGAAGGACGGCAGCUUGAGCUUUGAGGAUUUCCUGGACCUCCUGAGUGCCUUCAGUGAUUCUGCCACGCUGGAAAUCAAGUCCCACUACGCUUUCCGAAUCUUCGAUUUCGACGAUGACGGGACGCUUGAUGCUGGAGACCUGGAGGAGCUGGUGAACUGUCUGACCGGGGAGACGGACGACACCCGUCUGACCGCCGAGGAGAUGAGACAGCUCAUUAGUAACAUCCUGGAGGAGUCCGACAUCGAUAAGGACGGGACGGUCAAUCUCUCCGAGUUUCAGCACGUCAUCUCCAGAUCUCCUGAUUUUGUCAGAAGUGAGUCUUCUUCCCAACACUCGAAGGCAUCUGAUUUCUCCUGAUUUCUCCUCACUGACUGAAAUCUUCUUCUGCAGUUCAUUCAAGAUCGUGUUGUGAAGUUUACAGCGAGUGGAAGAUGUCUUCUGGUCCAGAUUAUUCACCUGCGCCUGUCAAUAAUGUAGCGACCUAAUUGUGAAUGUAUAUUCUUGUUCAGAAUUUCUACCAUUUAUAUGUUUAAUAACAUUUUACUUACUCCGUUAAAAGAAAAGGAAUCUACUUUAUAAUCUGCAUUUUGGAUCAUGUAUUUGUACCUAAUUUAAUAAACUCUAAUUCUGUGA